AUGGCCAGUCCGUUUCAUUUCUCAUUGGUUGGGAAAUUCUCCAGAGGUAGACCGAAGUUGGAGGAGGUGAGGAAGUUCAUUACGUCACUGGAUUUGCGUGAGAACCCGUCGGUGGGCUUGUUGGACGCACGACAUGUGUUGAUUCAGUUGCACAAUGAAGCUGACUUCCAUCGUGUAUGGUUUAGGAGGAUAUGGUAUGUGUCUUCCUUUCCCAUGAGAGUAUUCAAAUGGACCACGGACUUCCAUGUUGACAGGGAAUCGUCGAUGGUUCCGCUGUGGCUCCAAUUACCAAAACUUUCCAUACAUUUUUUCAAUAAGGAGGUGAUUUUCCAGAUUGCUUCUAUGGUGGGUAACCCUUUGUUGGUUGAUGCGGCUACACUUGCAGUGUUACGGCCAAGUGUGGCACGGGUGUGUUUUGAGAUGGAUUUAUUGCGGCUCACGCUGUUGUGGGUUUGGAUUGGCAAUGGAAAUCACGCUGGUUUCUGGCAAGAGUUGGUAGUGGAGAACGCUCCUAGAUACUGCUCACAUUGUUUCCGCCAAGGUCACGAUGUGGAGACUUGUCAUGUGUUGAAGCCCGAGUUGCGGAGAGCCUCUGGUCAUCAUGCCAAGAAUACUGGAACAAGACAACUCCGUUUGGUAGAGACGGCGAAUACAGACAUGCCUAAUGGGCCUGCGGAGGGUAAUGGGGAAUUGCCAUCAGUGUUGCUGCAAGAAGCGGCAGAGGUUGAUGGAGCAAAGGGAGAAAUUACGGAGGCUGUGGCUGGCAACGAUGAUCACAGUCAAUCAAUAGGUGGUGCGUCUCACGAGCAGCGAGCAGGGAUUGAGCAAGGGGACCAGGUGCAGCAGACCUCUACUGCUACUCCAGUGAAGCAAGAAAGGAUGACAGAGGCGGACCGUGGGACGGUGGCGGUCGAAGGUAUUGAGGUGGUGAUGCGACAUGAGGGAGGAGGGGAAUGUAUUGAGGCUGCAGAGAGUGGGCUGCCCGCGAGGGUGGUCGUGUGUUCUGCUGAGGGGCAAGUGGAAGACAUACAGGACACUCAACGAAGGGUGGGUAACCUCUCCCCUAGGGGAGGAGAUUGUGACCGAGAAGAGGUGUCACCACUGGAGAUGGGGCAUAUAGACACGGGAGAUGUUUCUGAUACCCUGGCACAAGAGGAAGUGGUUCGUAAGGAGAGAAUGGAUGCAAGGUCGCUUGGUCUCUGGACUGGCCUUCCGUCAGAUAGAACCAAUACUGCCGGGAAGACUCCCCAACAUUUAACUAUUAGAGCGCAAUCUCAUUUUUUCCAAAACUCCAUUAUUUUGUCUUGUAUACAUGCGAAGUGUACAGAACAGGAGAGGGAGGAUUUGUGGAGUGCGCUUUUGAGGGAUAAACCCGCCUUGAACCCGUGGUUUUUGGUGGGGGAUUUCAAUGCGGUCAUAAAGACCGAGGAGAAGAGGGACGGUUUGCCAUUUAGACCGUCUGAGGGGUUAGACUUUUUGAAUUUCAUGGCAGUGGCUGGAGUUAGUGAUGCGGGAUUCUCUGGAUCAAGGUAUACCUGGUGUAAUAAUCGCUCGGGAAUGGCGCGGAUCUGGAAACGUUUGGAUCGAUUACUUCUGUGUGGGCGCUCUUUGGAGCUUCCGUUCCAAGUCAUGGUGCAACAUUUAGGCCGUGACCCGUCGGAUCAUGCUUCUCUGUUGCUGUCGGUGGCUACUAGGCUAGACAACAAACCUAGGCCGUUUCGUUUCUUAAACAUCUGGACCAGUCAUCCUGGUUUACUGGGGGUAAUCAAGGAUUGUUGGGCUCAGCCAGUCAAUGGCUCUCCUUUGCAAGUAUUGGCCUCGAGGUUGAGGAAUGUUAAAAAUACCCUUAAGCAAUGGUCUAGGACGACAUUCGGGGAUAUUUUUGAGGGAGCCUGUAGUGCAGAGUGUGUGGUAGCCGAGGCUGAGACGGAGUAUGACCUGGAUCAAACUGAGCAACGGCGGAGCGAGUUACAUCAUGCUCGAGCUCGGUUGAGACGUGCGCUUGUAGUUGAGGAAGGUUUUUGGAAACAAAAGGCGCGGGUUAAGUGGCUUUUGGAUGGAGAUAGGAACACUAAAUACUUCCACUCUUUGGUUACGAAAAAGAGGCGUAGGGCGGUGAUUCAUCGAGUUAGGGGUGCCGUUGGAGAGUGGAUUGAAGAGGAGUCCCAGAUUGGGAAGGCAACGGUGGGAUUUUUUCAGGAGGUGUUCACGGCAGAGGGAGGCCUACCCUCCCAUACCGGUCUGGAGGUAAUACCGAAAUUGGUAACGGAACAGGACAACUCAUGGUUGACAGAUGUUCCAUCUCUUACAGAAGUUAAGAACAUAAUCUUUGCUAUGGAUGGAGAGAGCGCAGCAGGCCCGGACGGGUUUACAGGGAAAUUCUUUACCUUUGCUUAG